ACAAAUAUCACGUGACAAGUGAAUCAGAUCGCAAACGGUGGCAGAUAUCAUGUUGUCUUCAGUUUGCCGUCGAGUUGGAGUAUUGACACGAUUUUUGCCGCUACUAAGAGCGCAGUGCAGUCGUGGUGAUACCUCACAAACUCGCUUGAAGAUAUACACAAAGAAAGGAGACAAAGGAACGACUUAUAAUUUUUCUGGUCAAAAGUUGCCUAAAGAUCAUCACAUAUUCGAGGCAUUGGGAGCAAGCGACGAACUGACAUCAAUGAUUGGUCUUGCAUAUACGUUUUGUGAAGAAUUUGGCAACACUGAGUUGAACGAGAAGCUGAUGAGAGUGCAGUGUGUUUUACAAGAAGCGGCAUCCAGCAUUGCCACACCUCGACACUCCACACAAUCACAACACAAACUGAAUCAGACAGUGUUUGAUGGUAAACAAGUGGAGAUACUUGAGGAAUGGAUUGAUGCGUUGGAUAGCAGAUUGCCUCCGUUGAAAAAUUUUAUUCUGCCGUCUGGCGGUAGAACAAGCGCAGUACUACAUGUCGCAAGAUCAAUUUGUAGGAGAGCAGAGAGAAGACUUGUGCCACUCGUACGAGAUGGUGAGGUGGAUAUGGAAGUAGGCAGAUACUUCAAUAGACUGAGCGACUUCCUGUUUGUCUCUGCACGCUUUGCUGCACAUUGUGAAGGCAAGAACGAGACUGUCUAUCGCAAAAACUUAAAUUAGGUAUUUUGUGGUUGUAAUGUAUUGCUUGAUAGGUGAGAAUUGAUUUGAUGAAUUAAUUGGUUAAUUAAUUAACAAACACGAUUGUUGGUAUGAAGCAUUGGUGGUGUAGAUACUAC